AUGAAUUCUAAAAUUAAAGGUAUAACGGAUGAUAUAACAUCAAUUCCACCAGAAGAACAGAGAUAUUACGCAUUAAAUGCAUUUCCUAAAGUUUUGAAGAUUGGAAGAUUUAAUUUAAAUGAGGAAUUCAUAGAAGGUUUCCUAAACGACAUAAUGAAGAAGGCGGAUAAGGAAUAUGUGGAUAGUGAAUUAAAUAAGAAGGCAAAUUUGGUUUAUGUUGAUGAAAAAGAUAAUGAAAUUAAAGAAAAGGUUGAAUGGUAUCAUGAAUGGACAUCGGAGACUUUUAAAGUUAAAGCUGAUACAGGAUGGGUUUCAGGAUGUUUAGACCUUAAAGCAGAUAAAACUUAUGUUGAUGAAAAUUAUGCAAAGAAGUCGGAAGUAAAUGAUGUGAUUACAAGCAUGAAAAAUGAAAUACUUCAAACAUUAUAUCCUGUUGGUUCUAUUUAUACGUCAAUGAAUUCAACAAAUCCAGCAACAGUUUUAGGUUUUGGUACGUGGAAGCAGAUUGUAGAUAAAUUCUUAUACUGUGCUAGAUAUUCAAAGCAAACAGGAGGUUCGAAGAAAAUUAAAGAAGCAAACCUUCCACCGCACACUCAUACAGGAACUACAAACUUUUCUGGCGACCAUAGCCACUCAUUAAGAGACCACCCAUUAUACAACUCAGAAUAUAGAGAUAGCAAUGAUGUUUUAUCUCCAUCUUAUAACAAUGCAGCAAAAAAGAUUUUUCGACCAACUGAACCAGGAGGAAAUCAUUCACACACUUUCACAACAAAUCCAACAGGCUUGGGUAAAGAUUACAUGCCACCAUUUGUGACUAUAUUCGCAUGGUACCGCGUUCAUUGA